AGUUUCUAUACUGAUUCUGACACGUGUACACUGAUUGAGACACCCCCAACUAAAAGUGAUAAGUUACAAAUCAGGCCAUACCAAAAACAUUUUACGUUUUUAUUUUCAAAAAUUUUAAUAAUGACGUAUUGUAUGUGUUUAUAAUUUCAUAGAAAAACGAGUAGAAAUCCUUGCUUGCUUACGAUACACAUAUAUGAUUCGCGUUGACUUAACGAAUUGUUAAUAGUGCUAAAGUGUUUAUUUUUAUCCAAACAACGAUCCCAGCUCUUUCGGUUCAAAAAUAUUUGGGUGUCCCGUUUUUCUUUCGUCCAAAAUUUGGUUCUAUUCCUGGCUUUGUCAUGGUCAAGGAAAUGUGCACUGGUUCCAUGACGCCAGUGUUUAUCAGCCACUGUGCCCCGUACAACUUUCUGAGGGAAUACCGCCUAGGAUGCGAUGAUGACGAAAUACCAGCGAAGACCUUAAUUGGGGAAGCCGUAAACGCUUGGCAGGCACUAGAUUCCCAGGAGAAGUCCUUGUUCGAGGAGGCCUCCUAUCUACCGGCCCGAUUCGGUCAAUCCUCCAACUCGACUGUAAAAUUAUACAAUGAUGUGCUAGCAGCCCAGCAAACCAUUGUGCGUCGGAUGCCCAGAACUCGCAGUCUCUGGAAGACCUCUCAAAAGUCAAAAAAGAUUCGGAGCGGUAUUGCCAAAUCGCAUAGGACAAAAAAGUAGCAGAAAAUGGGUGCAGCCAGCAAGUUGCUGCCAAAAUGAACUGAACAAUUAUGAAGAACAGGAAUGGAAAAUAUAGGUACACUACAUAAA